AAAGCCGCGCUCCCGAUGCCGCCACCAUGAGGCCAGGAGCCCAACCAUCGGCUGGGACACCGGCAACCGAGCGCCCGUGCUGUGGGCCCCAGCCGGGCCGGGACCCAGUGCUGCCCUGAUGGUGUCUGCAAAGCGGCGGCCGAUGCCGCGCCGCCGGUGGCUAAUGGCGUUGCUGUUUCCCCUGCUGCUGCAGCUACUCGCGGCGGUGGCGCCGGCGGCCUGCCUGACCGUCAACACGGAGCCGUCCGAGGCCCUGCCGGCCAUGCGAUCGCGGCAGGCCGACACGCGGGUGCUGCUCGAACUGGAGGAAGGACAGCCUGCGGGCACGCUCGUCGGACGUAUACCUGUGCGCGCUAACUUCACGUACCGCUUCAACGAGCAGCCAGCCGAGUUCACCCUUGACCCAGAGUCGGGCGCCAUACGCACGGCGGUGGAGAUCGACCGUGAGCAGCUGGCCAGCGACCGCUUCGACCUGGUUGUGCUGAGCAGCCAGCCGACGUACCCGAUUGAGGUGCGCCUGCGUGUUCUCGACGUGAACGACAACGCGCCCGAGUUUCCCGAGUCGAGCUUGAAUGUGGCCUUCUCCGAGAGUGCCAAUGUGGGCACCCGCGUCAUUCUCGACACGGCCAGUGACGGAGACGCCGGUGCCAACGGUCUCAGCACCGACUACCGAAUCGUGGGUGGCAACGAGGACGCAAAGUUUCGGUUAGUAGUCACCACAAACCCUAGCGGAGAAACUCCCUUCCUGCACCUGGAAACCACGGGUCGCCUGGACCGCGAGGCGCGCGAUUCGUACACGCUCAACGUGUCGGCUCGAGACGGGGGCACGCCUCCGCGUCUGGGACACCUUCAGGUGAAUGUGACUGUGCUCGAUGUGAACGACAACCCGCCCAUGUUCGAUCACAGCGACUAUUUUGUGAGCAUUAACGAAAGCCUACCCGCAGGCGCUAGUGUGCUUCAAGUGCGCGCCACGGACGCUGACGCCGGUGUCAACGCACAGCUCUCCUAUUUCCUCGAUCCCGCAGUGCAGGCGGAUUUCGCCAUCGAUGCGGACACGGGUGUGUUGCGGACAGCGUCGACGGGACCGCCUCGCUGCAAGCGCAGCCGACCCGAUGCGCCGCGUAGCUGUGUGUUCACCGUGUUCGCCCACGACCACGGGUCGCCCCGCCAGGAUGGACGAGCGUACGUGACCGUCAGUCUGGUAGAUGCCAACGACCACGAACCCGUGAUCCGCUUCCGUGUGUUUACGGCGCCGGACAGCUACGCCACCGUGGACGAAAACGCGCAGAACGGCUCCGUUGUGGCCGCGGUGAGCGUCAUCGAUCACGACGAAGGCCCCAACGGCGACACUGUCGUCGAAAUUCGAGGUGGCAACGAGCUGGGCCAUUUUCGACUCGAGCCCACGCCCAGCUUCGACAUAGUGCGCGUGAAUGGAAUUCUGGAUCGCGAGAAAGUGAGCAGGUACAACCUCACGGUGGUCGCGACCGACCGAGGUUCUCCGCCCCGGUCGUCCACUGCCUUUCUUCUAAUUCUCGUUAACGACGUCAACGACCACGAACCGGUGUUCGAGCAGUCGGAGUACUCCUCGCAGCUUAGUGAACUAGCGCCCGUAGGGAGCUUCGUGGCAGCGGUGACUGCUACAGACCGGGACACAGGGAUAAACGCGCGAUUGUCCUACGCCAUAUCAUCGGGCAAUGAAAAGCUCUGGUUUCGCAUAGACCCCGCGACGGGGCUUGUCACCACAACCCGGCCUAUAGACCGCGAGCAGCAGGAUCUUAUCGAACUCAAAAUUUCAGCGAAGGACGGUGGUCCGAACCCGCGCUGGGCGCACGCUAUUCUACGCGUCCAGCUACUGGACGAGAACGACCAAGCGCCUGCAUUCGCGCUGACUUCGUUCAAGGCUUCGAUACCAGAGAACGCGGAACCAGGGUCGCUCGUAACCGUCUUGUCUGCGGCCGAUGGUGACCUUGGUUCCAACGGCAGCGUGGCGUACAGCCUGGCUCCCGAAGUCGAGCUCAUGUACCCGGGUAUGUUUCACUUGGACGAAGUACACGGCAGGCUCGUCGCCAAGCAGAGCCUAGACCGCGAGCGACAGGACGCGUACAGCGUGAUAGUGGUAGCCCGAGAUCAGGGCAAUCCCGCGCAGUCUUCGACGGCCACGGUCGAGCUCUCCGUCCUGGACGUUGACGACCACCGACCACAGUUCUACCCGACGCAGUACUUCGUGGAGCUCUCGGACGGGGCGCCCCCGGGAAGCUUCGUGAGCACCGUCACCGCAACUGACCAGGACGAUGGAAACAAUGCUCGGGUGGCUUACUCUAUCCUGGCCGGAGCCCAAGGGAAAUUUUGCAUCGACGCCACGUCGGGAACGUUGGAAACCACGCAGGAGCUAAAACUGGAACACCAGGCCCGCUACGAAAUCCAGGUGGCGGCUCGGCAUCCCAACAGCCACGACAGCGAGGGCCAGGACACGGCGCUCGUGGUGGUCUUCGUACGGGAGGCCGGUCGCGCAGCGCCACUGCGCUUCCGGGCUCCGGCCGAGGGUUACAGCUUCUCCAUCGACGAGGACGGUGCCCAACCGAGCCUGGGACGAGAGCUGGGCCGCCUGUCUCUGGAGCGCUCGGACCAGGUGGACCGCGCCCGGUUCUCCAUUGUAGACGGAGAUCCUCAAGGCUGGUUCCGUCUGGACCCGCUCACCGGUGUCCUCAGCACGGCCGCGCCCCUGGACCGAGAGCGGUGCCAGCAACUCUCCCUGGGAGUUGUCGCCAACACACUCUCGUUCUUUGCCCGCACCAGCAUCACAGUUACGCUGCGCGACGUAAACGACAACGCGCCGAGGUUCGCUCAACCUCUGGUGCGCCUCGGCGUGCCCGAGAGCUGGCCACCAGGACUGGAACUGUACGUGCCCGAUGCGAGUGACGCUGACGAUGGGGUGAAUGCCGAGCUAGAGUACGCGCUGGCAUCUGGGCCCGCGGGCCUGUUUGCCGUGGAGCACAGCAGCGGCAUGCUGCGUCUCCUACAGCCCGUCAGACUGCAGGCCGGCAAGGAGUUCGCCCUCGAGAUUACGGUCAGCGACAGGGGCCAGCCUCGGCUCACGUCGCGUCAGAAGCUCGUGGUGACCGUGAAGGACGUGAACGACCACACACCGACGUUCGAGCGGCCCUCGUACGAGACUUCGCUGUUAGAGCUGACCAGCGUCAACGAGCGGUUCUUCACGCUGCGUGCCUGGGACGCCGACCAGGGCGAUAAUGGACGCGUCUCGUACGAGAUCUCGGAAGGUAACGACGAAGGCCGCUUUGGAGUGUUCCCUGACGGUACCGUGUACGUGAAGAAGGCGUUGGACCGCGAGUGGCGCGACCUGUACGCUCUCACGGUGGUGGCCCGCGACCACGGCGAACCGCCGCGCUCGUCCGCCGUCUCGCUGCUCGUGCACGUGCUAGACGAGAACGACAACGCGCCGGCGUUCGACAACUCCACCUUCAUCUUCUCGCUGGCCGAGAACGAGCCUCCGGACACCCACGUUGGCAAGCUGACCGCAGAGGACGGCGACAGGGGCCGCAACGCCGAACUGAGCUUCUCGCUGGCGUCCAACGAGAACGACUUCGUCGUGGAUCCGCGUACUGGCUUCGUGCGCUCCCUGCGCUACUUCGACCGCGAGAAACUGCUCGCGCUGACAGGCCACGAUUCCAUCACUAUGGAUGCCGUUGUGCUCGACUCCGGCAUCACCAGGCUGCGAGGCGAAGCCAAGGUGGUGGUGCACAUCACGGAUGUGAACGACAACGCGCCGGUGUUCUCGCGGCCCAGCUACCGUGCCAGCGUGUCGGAGGCGGCCGCCCCGGGCACCACGGUGGCCCGCGUGAGCGCGACAGACGCUGACGAAGGUCGCAACGGCGAGCUGCUGUACGCCAUCGCGUCGGGCAACGAGGCUGGCGCGUUCGCCAUCGACGAGGACUCGGGCCAACUGAGCCUGGCGUCGACACUGGACCGCGAGUCGGCCGGAGCCUACACGCUCAUGGUCAUCGCCAGGGACACCGGCGCCGAGCUGCAGCACACGGCCACAGCCACCGUGCUCGUGCAGGUCAUCGACGAGAACGACAAUGCGCCGGAGUUUGCGCCGCGAGCCCUCAGAGCGGAUGUACCGGAGACCACUCCAAUCGGUUACGAGUUGCACCGGUUCUCAGCGACCGACCGCGACUUGGGCCUCAAUGGAGAAGUGUCCUUUUCCAUCGCCUCGGGCAACGUGAAGGAGGCAUUCAAAGUGGAUAGUGUUACGGGCGCGCUUUUCUUGGACCGACCCCUGGACUUCGAGCAGCAGAGCGUCUACCAACUGAACGUGACCGCCAGCGAUGGGGGCUCGCCGCGCCAAGCGGUGUCCGUGGGCUUCACCGUGCGCGUGCUCGACGUGAAUGACAACCCGCCGCAGUUCGCCAACGUUGCCGUCGUCCGUCAGAUCGAAGAAGGCCUGCCCCUGCACACGCCCGUCGUUACGGUCACCGCCGUGGACCGCGAUGCCGGCGCCAAUGGCAAGCUGACGUACGCCAUCACGUCGCAGGAGCCGCCUGGCGCCCACUUCAACGUGCGCCAGGACUCCGGCGUGGUCUUCACGGCAGCCGAGAUCGACCGUGAGUUCAGUGACACGUUCCGGCUCACGUUGACGGCCACCGACCAGGGCAGCCCUAGCCUCUCGUCCCACAAAACGGUCACCAUAAUCGUUGAGGACGUUAACGACAACGCGCCGACCUUCGUAUCGGUUGACGCCGGCAUCCUGCCCGAGGACUCCGAGAAGGGCUACGUCGUCAUGAAGCUAGAGGCCGUGGACGCGGACGCAAACGCCAACGGUCAGGUCACUUACGAACUGGUCGAUGGCGACAAGAGCCUCUUCGCCAUCGACCGCAGCACGGGCGAACUGUCCCUGCUACGCGCCGUGACCCGACCCGCUGUGUCCUACUCGCUAGCCGUCCAGGCGUCGGACCAGGCGGUGCCGUCGCAGCGCAAGUCCUCGCGCGUUCACUUGACCGUGCUCGGCGCCAACAAGCGUUCGCAGCCGUUGCCCGCCUUCUCGGCGCCUCACUACUCGGCCACUGUUCCCGAGAACCAGCCGGCAGGCACCAGCGUGCUUUCGGUGCGAGCGCAGGGGACGCCGCAAGGCCGCGUGCAGUACUUCCUUACCUCCGUGCGUGCGGCGGCCUCCGGAGCGCUGGCAGGCCGCCGAUUCACCGUGCAUCACGACUCUGGACUUGUGACCGCGGCCGCGCCACUGGACAGGGAGGCCGGCAGCGACGUCUUUCAGCUGGAACUGCUCGCCGUAGACGCGUCAGCCAAAGUGCCCAGGACUGCCAAGGCUUCGGUGACAGUGACCGUGCUGGACCGCAACGACAGUCCGCCGCGGUUCCAGAACGGUCCGUACGUGCUGUCGCUCUCCGAAGACACCCCCGUGGGCACCACGGUGACGGUGCUCGAAGCGCACGAUCCCGACCUGGAAGGCAGUGUUCGCUUCGGCAUCGCCGGUCAGCUGGAAGACACCGGUGGCCGUUUCGAAGUGGACCCUCUGAGCGGCGCCCUAGUUCUGGCAGAACCACUCGACCGGGAGCUGCAGGCCCAGCAUCAGUUCCACGUAACCGCCACUGAUGGAGUCCAGUCACAGGAAGCCUUGGUCACCAUCGAGGUGCUCGACACCAAUGACAACUUGCCACUGUUUGGCGAGGCUGCCUACUCAUUUGACCUGUGGGAAGACACACAGAGGGGCGCACAGGUCGGAGCUGUGUCCGCCACGGACACUGACAUGGGACUCAACCGGCAAGUCAGCUACUCGGUGCUCAGUGAUUGGGCCAACGACGUCUUUUCCCUCAAUCCUCAGACAGGCGUUUUUACGCUCACGUCGCACCUGGACUACGAACAGCAUCAGCAUUAUGUGUUGGUAGUACAAGCACAAGAUUCUGGUACGCCAAGUCUGUCCUCAACUGCCACUGUAUACAUGAAUGUGAUGGACUUGAACGACAAUGCACCCCUGUUCGACCCCAUGAGUUACAGUGACGAGGUCUUUGAAAACGUUACAGUUGGAUCCAGUUUACUGCGUGUCAGUGCUACCGACCUUGACUCAGGUGACAAUGGACGCAUCGUGUACAGUAUAGUGGAGGGUGACCCAGACGGUCAUCUAGCAAUUGAAGCAAACGGGACCAUAAUAACACGUAUGCCACUGGAUCGAGAAAAGAAGUCAAUGUAUGGCCUUACUGUGCGGGCAACCGACCAAGCCGUGGAAGUUCAUCGCCGCCUGUCAAGCAGUGUCCAGGUGACCAUUGUGCUCAAGGAUGUCAAUGACAUGGUGCCCGAGUUUGUCACGCCAAAUGUGACAAGCGUGCAAGAGAAUGCACCAGCGAACAGCAUUGUCAUGGCAGUCAAAGCAGUGGACAGUGAUGAAGGCAGAAACAGCUACGUGGAGUACAGUCUGUCACCAGAACACAGCUUCUCACUGGGCCCUGUUGAUGGCCUGCUUCGCGUCAAAGGUCCCUUGGACCGUGAGCAGAGGGCCAGCUAUGAAUUACUCGUGACAGCUCGAGACCGUGGUCAUCCUGUACGCUCUGCCUCCCAGAGGCUACGUGUGAUACUGCUCGAUGAAAACGACAACAGCCCCGUGUUUGAUCCACGACAGUACAGUGCGGCAGUGUCGGAGAAUGCCAGCCUUGGGACCAGCGUGCUUCAGGUGUCCGCCACAGAUCAAGACGAGGGUGCUUCAGGUCAAGUACGCUACUCGAUCAUUGCAGGUGACCCGAACCAUGACUUUGAAGUCGGCCAGGACACUGGUGUGCUACGUGUACGUCGAGCACUUGACUACGAGCGCCGGACACGAUACCUGCUCACCGUACAGGCAGAAGACUGUGCUGGUGCUGGAGGCACAGAAUUGCGUUUUGAUACAGCCACUGUGACUAUAGCUGUGACAGACGUGAAUGAUAACGCACCCGCAUUUGUGGAUUCUCCGUACGAAUUGCAUGUUGUGGAAAAUGCAGCUACACCUGUGGUACUUCUCACGCUCAGUGCACACGAUGCAGACCAUGUACCUAGUGGUCCUCUCUAUUACCGCCUGGAAGAGAGCACUCAGGGACUGUUCCGUGUCAACAGUUCUACCGGUGAACUAUUCCUUGUGCAUUCGCUUGACCGAGAAGUCAAGGACCGAUACCAGCUUACUGUCCUUGCAGUGGACUCGGGCAGUCCUAGGCAGACUGGAACAGGGACUGUUAAUGUUCUUGUGAGUGACAUCAAUGACAAUGCCCCUUGGUUCGAACGUAGUCGUUACACUGUUACACUGCCUGAGAACCAACCGGUGAACACACCUCUUGCAACCAUCACUGCCACUGAUGCAGACACUGGAAGGAACGCCCUGAUCAGGUAUUCAUUGCGAGGCGAGAAUGCGAGCCAGUUUCGAGUGGACCCGGAUAAUGGCAUUAUCACAGCCCAGGCACCUAUGGAUCACGAGGAGUGCGAACGCUACGUUCUCCAACUUGUUGCUGAAGACCAUGGUCUGACACAGCGUCACACAGCAGCUACAGAGAUAAUUGUCCUUGUCACUGAUGAGAAUGACAACAGGCCAGUUUUCAACAAAAACAACAUGACGGUCGUCAUUCCGGACACAUCUGAUACAGUUGGCAACAUCCGCUGUUUUCAUGUUGCAGGUCAUUUUGUCCUGGGUGCCCAAGCACGAGACCUCGAUUCUGGCGCAAAUGGACGACUGAUAUUCCACCUCUCAGGAGCAGAUGCAGAAAAGUUCCAAAUCAACCAGGAGACUGGUAUUGUACGAUUAGCGAAGAAGUUGCCAGCAGGCCUGAAGAAGGACGUCACCUACCACUUCCAUAUUCACGCCACAGACCAAGGCAAAGUUCCACUGUCAUCUAGCGCCAGUGUUCGUGUGUUCAUCGCCAGCAGCAGCUUGUUCCCCAAGUUCCAACCGGGUACAGUGAGCAGGCUCACAUUGUCUGAAGGGGGAAUCGGAAGCAAGGGACAAGUGCUGACGACAAUAUCUGCGACAUCUCCCAAGGUUGGGCCUGCUGCCAGAAUCAACUAUUACAUUGCGGGAGGAAACAAUGGUGGCGCAUUGGUGUUAAAUCCAACGACUGGAGAUCUCAGAGUUGUGCGCGGUGAAGUGCUCGACUUGGAAACAAUGCCCAGAAUGCAGCUGUGGCUGGCGGCUGGCGACAGUGACGACCCGAUGCUAAGCAGUGCAACGAGGAUCGACAUAGAGCUGACUGACGUGAACGACAAUGUGCCAGAGUUCGAUCAAGACCUGUACAAUACCUCUGUGAGGGAAGAGCAGCUCCCAGGUCAGCUGGUUGCAAAACUCUAUGCGCGGGAUGCUGACAGUGACAAAAAUGGAAGAGUGAGGUACAAACUGCGACCUAUGACAGCUAAGGAGAGUUCUCCGUCGCUGCCAUUUGAACUAAAUGCCAACACGGGUGAACUGCGCACAACAGCUCGCUUGGACCGUGAGCAGAUGUCCUCCUACCAAUUCCUUGUAGAAGCCAGUGAUCACGGUAGUCCCAGUUUAACUGGCACUGCCACCGUUAUUGUGACAGUGACAGACAAGAACGACAACCCACCUCGUUUUACCAGGCUUUUCAGCGUUAAUGUCACCGAAAAUGCUCCUAUUGGAUCAUUUGUCAUCCAAGUGACGUCCUCCGACAGGGAUGCUGCUGAAAAUGCAAAUGCUACAUACAGUUUCACAGAGAACCCCGGCGAGCGAUUUGCCAUUGACCCAUACUCAGGAAACGUGACCGUUGCAGGCCUGCUGGAUCGGGAACUGCAUGAAGAAUACCUCCUCAAAGUAGCCGCUGUUGAUGGAUCUUGGAAAGCCGAGACACCGCUGACUAUCUCUCUUCACGACAUGAACGAUAACGCACCACGGUUCCUGCAGCCUGUUUACAGAUUCAGGCUUGCCGAACUGCAGCAGGCGGGAGCCUUCAUUGGCCACGUGUCGGCAAUGGACGCAGACAAGGCAGGCCCUAAUGCUGCUGUAACGUAUGCACUUCGGCAUCCAUCGGAUUUCUUCCGCCUGGACCCUACCUCUGGCAACCUUCUGAGUAAGCAGCCGCUCCGCUACAGACGUUCACCGAGGGGGAUGGCAUCACCAGAAAACCAGCAUAUCCUUCGUGUAGUGGCCACAGACCACGGGAAGCCACCACUCUCGUCAGAAGCCACCAUAUACGUCAAUGUUGUUGAUGCCAACAACCACAUGCCAAAAUUCGACAGGCCAUCAUACUUUUCGCCACUGCCAGACAAUGCUGUUGUUGGAUUAUCUGUGCUUCAAGUCACCGCAAGGGAUGAACAAGACGUCGGCAUCAAUGCAGAGCUGGUUUACAGCAUUACUGAUGGAAAUGGAACUGGUCUUCUUGAUGUACACCCAUCAACCGGAUGGUUAACAGUAGCGAAACCACUGCCAAGAUACCAGGGCCAGAAGUUUGUCCUGAAGGUCAAAGCUACAGAUCAAGGAGUGCCGCCCAAGACAGCUGAUGCAGUUGUGUCCAUCAUUAUCACAUCAGAGAACCAGUUCAACCCAGUGUUCAGUGCACUGAGCUACCAGAUUAUCAUCCCUGAAAAUGAACCUGUUGGCUCUGAGCUGCUUACCGUCUCUGCCACAGAUGCUGACAGAGGUCUGAAUGGACUGGUACGCUAUUCAAUUCAGUCAGGAAAUGUCAAUGACAGCUUUAUAAUGGAUGCACAUACUGGAGUGAUGGCCAUCCACCGUGUCUUGGACUAUGAAAGUUCACCAGAGUUCCGACUCAACGUCAGUGCCUGUGACAGUGCAUUUAACAUCAAGUGUGCUUGGGCAACAUUGACUGUGAUUGUGACUGACGUCAAUGACUGUGCUCCAGAGUUCAAUGCUACUGCUUUUGAAGCAUAUGUGCCAGAAAAUGAGCUGGUGGGGACUGUUGUGACACAGCUCACAGCUACAGAUGCAGAUUCAGGUCGAAACAAGCUUAUUCAAUAUGCUCUUGUGGGUUCUUCCGAUUUUGCCAUUGACAGUCAAACUGGGUUAGUGACAACGAAGACGACAUUUGACUAUGAACAAGCCAGUGAAUACAUCCUUGAAGUAGUGGCAAGCAACCCUGGGUCACUGCAGUACAGCUCUUGUCAGCUGCGUGUACACAUCACAGGGAAGAAUGAGUUCUACCCUCGGUUCGUGCAGCCCGUGUUUCAGUUUGCAGUCAGUGAAUCGACAGCUGUAGGAACAGCAGUGGGCCGUGUCCUAGCAACGGAUGAAGAUUCUGGACCUGACGGUCAUGUCUAUUUCCUUUUUGUGGGAAGCAGCAAUGACAGAGGAUUUCGCAUUCAACCCAGUACUGGCAUAAUUACAGUAGCACGUGUUCUCGACCGUGAGGCUCAAGCCCGAGUUGUUUUGUCUGUGAUGGCUAAGAACGCUGGAAGCAUCCGUGGCAAUGAUACUGAUGAAGCUCAAGUGGUCGUAAGCAUUCAGGAUGGCAAUGACCCACCAAUGUUUCUGCAACCAUUAUACGAAGCUCGCAUCAGUGAAGCAGCGCCUGUGGGUUCAUCAGUGCUGACAGUGUCUGCGGUGGACAGAGAUGUGCGCCCCAACAACCACCAAUUUUUCUACUCAAUCGUUGAUGGUGACCCCAACAAAGCAUUCAGUGUGGACGCACAGACUGGACUUCUACAGACUUCAAUGCCCUUGGAUCGUGAGACAGCUCCAGUUUAUUCCUUGACUGUGGCUGCAAUUGAUCACGGAAGUCCACCGCAAACUGGAACAACAGUGGUCCGUGUGACAUUAGAUGAUGUCAACGAUAAUGGCCCGGAGCUUGAACCAGCAGAUCUUUUGGGCUAUGUGCUUGAAGACGAGCCACCUUACACUAGUGUCAUCACUCUGUCUGCUAGGGACCCAGACCUAGCACCCAAUGGAGCACCCUUUAUGUACACCUUGGUUGGUGGAGCCAGGAAGAGCUUGUUUGAACUUGACCGCGACACUGGACUAUUGAGGACCACGCAGCGUCUUGACCGAGAAGCAACACCAUCGAUACAGCUUUUGGUUGAAGUGCAGGACAGUGGCACCCCACCAAUGAGGGCACGGCACACCCUUACUAUAAUGCUGGUUGACAAAAACGACAGCCCUUCGGCACCACGCUUAGUCACGGUCAUGGUCUGGGUCUACCAAAACCUCUAUCCCGGAGGCAAGAUUGCAGAUGUUAGGCCUCUUGAUCCUGACACCACAGGCGAAUAUCAAUGUCGCCUGCAAGGUCGUGAUACAAUAUUCAGCAUUGUAAGCCACUGUGACCUCCAUGCAACUCGUCUGCUCAGCCCUAGCAACUACAGCCUCACUGUCCGUGGAAAUGAUGGCUAUCAUCAAGAUGUGACAUCAACCGUGAAUGUGCAGUUCAAGGGUUUUGACAAUGCUACAGUGGAAAACAGCAUCUCUCUGAAUAUCGUCAAUCAGUCGGCCCAUGACUUUCUGAGUUCCACUUAUGACCGUUUCCUUGGACUGCUGGGACAUGUACUCGAGGGUCUGGGUGUGCCAGUCAUCUACAGCAUGACGGAUGUGCAAGGACAACUCCAACUGGCCCUUGCUGUGAAAAGGUCAUCGGGGGCACUGGUGACACCCGAAAAAGUGGUCCGGCGUCUAGAAGCCAAGAAGGACUCUCUUCAAGGGAUGCUAGCCAAGACCAUCUUAGUUGGCUACGAGCCGUGUGUGAGCUCACCUUGCCAGCAUGGUGGCACAUGCCACAGCUACCUAGACCUGCAGCCUUCUCUCCUCAUCCUGGAUUCACCUCAGCUGGUGUUUGUGUCACCACGUGCAAGUCGCUCAUUCGCCUGCUCCUGCCCCAGUGGCUUUUCUGGAGACCAGUGCCAGGACCAGUUAGAUCCAUGCUCACCAAACCCAUGUGCAGAUGGUGCACCCUGCCAUCCAGAUAUUGAAGCAGGCUUCCGGUGCAUGUGUCCACCCAACCGGCAAGGUCCACGCUGUGAAAGCCAACGUCAGGAGAGCUGUUCCAGCUCACCUUGCAAGAAUGGUGGCAGCUGCAGGGAGGCACCCGGUGGCUCUUUCUUCUGCCUCUGUAGGCUUGGCUUCAAGGGAAGCCUCUGUGAGCAGGCAGCUGAUGGGUGCAGGCCAAGUCGCUGCCGCAACGGAGGCACCUGCAUCAGUGAUGGACCUGCAGGUUACCACUGCCAGUGUGAGCCAAACUACUUUGGGAAGCACUGUGAAAAGUCAACCUACGGCUUCCAGCCAUACUCAUUCAUGGCCUUCCCCUCACUCAAGCCAAGCACAAAUGACAUUUCAAUUGUGUUUUCCACAAACCAAAGGGAUGCAUUACUCGCUUACAACUUUGGUGUUCAGAAUGGUGGCCGGUCUGAUUUUGUGGCACUCGAGAUCGUGGAUGGCAAGGCACAGUUUUCCUUUGGUGGAUCACGUACGGCCAUUUCCAAAGUGUCUGUCGACAAAGAAGUUGCCGAUGGUGGAUGGCACAGAGUCACAGUCAUUCGCAAUGGCAGGGUGGCAUCACUUUCAGUCGUAAGCUGCCAAGACCAUGGAGAAUUUUGUGAAGAAUGCUCUCACGCCAACUCAAGCUGCUCACUUUCAGUUACGGGGCAAGCAGGGACCUUGAGCCUGAGCAGUCAGCCACUGUUCGUGGGCGGGCUGCCAUCUGUGGAGCCUCUGCUGGAGCGGCCCAGCCAAGUGUCAGCCGAUGACUUUGUGGGCUGCAUGCACAGCGUGUCGGUCGACGGCCACCCGCUAGCACUGGAUGCUCCCCUCAGAUCACAGUACACUACAGUCGCAUGUGGUCGCAGGGGUGAUCCCUGUGCUGGUGGCUGCAAGGGUGGCGCACCUUGCCAUGACCUUUGGUUUACAAGCCGUUGCACCUGCUCUGGAGGAGGUCUGCUGGCACAUGACUGUAAUGAAGCUCUGGAGCCCUAUUCACUCGGAAGCGGUUCAUACCUGGAGCUCGUUCCUCAGGAGAAACACAGACGAGCAGCCCUGCUAUUGCAGCAGAGCCGGCGCAGUGUCAGGAGCGCUGCCAGCUUUAAGACAAUGGCCUUCAGGCUUCGCACCAGGACUGAUGCCGGUCUACUUCUGCAAGUUGCCACUGAGAGGGACUACACAAGACUACAGCUUGUGGAUGGCCACCUGGAGUAUGUCUCUCGGACCAAGCAGCAGGAUCCAGUGCGGUGGCGCCACCCCAGGCGCAUCUCUGAUGGCAACUGGCACGACAUCACUCUCAGUCGCAAGCUGGAAUCUAGUGGUGCAGUCAUGCUCGCUGUUGAGGAUGUGGAGCAUCAAAUUCCAGCUGAUGGCGGCCUUCAUGACUUUCUGGACCCCUUCCUAAGUUCCUUCACCAUAGGUGGACACUGGGACUUGAACUCAGUCACUCAUGAGAAUCCUCCAGGUUCUUUUCAAGGCUGUAUUCAACAGAUUGCAGUGAAUGGUGAGCUGCAGUCUCUCAAUGCCAGCCACAACUACUUUCAACUGGUGGUGAGAGGCACCGUGGGACGCAGCUGCAACCAGGAGGCCCUUGGCCUUGAUGUGGCAGCUGAUCCACUUGGCGUUGGCAUCAUUCUCGUCAUUGCCUUCUUUGUGGUUCUCAUCCUGGUGAUCCUCGUCAGCCUGCUCGUGUUUCGUCGGUGCAAGCUCAAGCGCCCUAAAGCGGCAACCAGCAGCACCCAAGCAAAGUCAAAUGGGUGCAGUGUCAUCAACCAACUCACAGAUGCAACUAGGGCUCCUCCACACCAGGAGCCCAAUUACACUGAACCAGCCAUGCCAUCUGCACCAGAAGAGCAUCCACGUAGCACACCGUCUGCACCAGAGUUGGUAUUGCCAAAGAGAACGAGAGAAAGGGAAGGCAGUGCCGACUUGCAGCAGGUUCGUGCACCACAGAGGCCGGACAUUAUAGAACGGGAAGCCCUGCACGCAUCAUCGCCACUUGCGGGACCUCGGUGCCCAGAACAGCCUGCCUACAGUUCAGCUGAGCCAGAGCACUAUGACCUCGAGAAUGCCAGCAGCAUCGCCCCUUCAGACAUCGACGUUGUGUAUCAUUACAGGGUAUUCAGAGAUGGCAGCCAGCUACGCAAACUGCACAAGGGUGUGCACAAGCAUCCCGGCACGCACAGGCACAGUCCGGCAAGCCCCAAGGCACGGCACAGCCCCCGACAACAGCUUCUACUACGACCCGCAGCCCGAGACAGCCCGUCGGCCUUGAAGAUGCACAGCACACCACUUGCUCGACUCAGCCCGUCUAGCGAGCUGUCACGCCAAACACCACGCAUUUUGACUCUGCAGGAUAUAAGCGGAAAACCCCUUCAGACGGCCCUCCUGGCCAGUGCACAUCCUGGUGGUGGUUCCAAGCCUUUCAAAGACCCGUUGACCAACUCCGAGCGCAGUCUAAACAGCCCCGUGAGCCAACUGAGUCGAAGCACCGGAAGCCUUCCCUCACCAAGCUCAAAACAAGCUUGUGCUCCAGCCGCUGAGAGCCACUGUAGUCAGCCACUUGCCGGCCUGGGCCUCACGGCUGAGGAGAUUGAGUGCCUCAAUGCAAGGCCCCGCAACUCAAGCCUGGUGAGCACACUAGAUGCAGUCUCUUCUUCUGGAAGUGAAGGUACAAAGGACAAGCUGUCUCAGUUACUGGAAGAUCGGCCAACUACAACCACUCUUCUAGAUGCAGCCGCAGUUCACGACUCGUCAAGCGAUGAAAGUGGUAACGACUCGUUUACCUGCUCAGAGUUCGAAUAUGACAACGGAUAUGACAAAGCCCACCAUCGGGAUUUUGGCCCGGGUAACAUGAUCUUUUCCAAGCUUGCCGAAGAGGACAAUGAGAAUGACGAGGACCCGUCGAAAACCUAUGAUGGUUUUGACUCAUUCAGGGGGUCGCUAAGCACUUUAGUGGCCUCGGAUGAUGACCUUUCACACCUUUCUUACAAGCCCCCCAGUGGUGCAGUGCUUGGUUGGGACUGCUUGCUCAAUUGGGGACCGAACUUUGAGAACUUAGUGGGUGUGUUCAAGGACAUUGCUGACUUGCCGGACACAGUCAGCCCACUUACGCCUGGGCAUCCAAAGCCCAAUGAAGAGUAUGUUUGAGCUUGCUCUCUAUGAAUACUCAGAGGAACCAGCUGGGUUGAAAAUGCACAGAUGCCAAAAGAAGAGUCAGGACAUGCAUUGCUAUCAGGCAGCUCGUUUCCGUAAAAAGCAAACUUGAGAGUAGUUUUAUAGUUUCAUGCAACAAUUAUUAAAGGGAAGCCUGGUACUGUCAAUGUCUGCAGGAGGCAUUGAUGAGGCAGCUUAGCUGGCAUGUGGAUGAUUCGAACUGCAUAGCUUUCAAACAAAUUGGGCUUGAAGUUUCGUAAUAGUCUUCAACGACCAGCGCAGAACGGACAAGGGACAAGAAAGGGAACACAGACGAGCGGCCUUUCUUGUCCCUUGUUCGUUCUGCGCUGGUUGUUGAAGAUGGAUUACCAACUAGCCCAAUCUCACACUUGCCCGUAAUAUUAUUUCAUGUUCAACUUAUCAAAGAUAAUAUAUAAUUACAGAUUAGCUGCAUUGCAAUCAUUUGCAGAAUUUCCUACAAGACAAAAAGACGAAAAAAAAAAGAUGCCUUGCAAGCAGUUUUCUUACGGCAAGCUUUGAUAUGUAAGAUGAAAGGGUAUGAACUUGAGCUUGUAAGAAUGCAAGAACAUUGCCCAGACUCAGCUACAUGAACACAUGUAGUGUACUGCCACCAGUUUAUCAUGUCAGUAUUUCAAGCUAAAUGUCUAACAUUCAAAACUAAUUUAUAUUAAAUGCUCUAAUAUUAUAUAAUCAUGCCAUCAAAUGGCAAAGUGCAAGGACACUUUUCUUGCUGGUUAGACGACUGCAGCAUCAGACUGUUUCCGUAAUGUUAGCAUGAAACUCUACGGGUCUUUGUUUAAACAGCAUGAGUUUCAUAUGGUACAUGAAUUUGAUUAGUAUGCAGGCUUUUUAAUAUUCCUCCACCGAAUCAACAGUGGUUUCCUUUAGCAUUCAUGAGAAAAUUUUGGCAUGCACAGAUUUAAUGAGUUAUGAGUGAAAUGAAAUUUUACACUGAGUAACGUACCCGUCAAUGCAAGUGAAAAUUCUAUUGCCUUUGGAAAGUUGUGGUAUAGCUAAAUGCGGCUGCCUCACAAGACAUGAUGGAUGGAUCACGUGUUUACUUUGAGGUUGAAAGGUGCAUUGCAUUAAGACAAGAGUAACUAAUGCUGUGCUUUCCACCCAGCUGGUCUCCAGUGCUACACUGGUGCACACUUGAAACCUAGUCACAUGAGAAGCGCAUAAAAAAAAAAAAAAGAAAAGAAAAAUGUCCACAUUGCCGCUGACAUACGUAGACGACCCAGCACUUGCUGCAAGUUGCUGGUCAUGGUUAUUCUUGGCAUACGGGCCAAAGCAUAACUGCCAUUUCCUAAUUUAUUGGGCCUGUUUUUGUGGACAUUGUCCAAUCAUUUUGUGAACUAACGACACAUACCUCAUAUCAAGCUUUGUUUCAACUUUGUCCAGCAUUGUUUUUGUCUGUGUGUUCCUGUUUUCAGAGCCUCUUUUGCUGUUCUUUUUUUUUUAUUUGUGUCUGUAGUACCUUCUUCAGCGUUUGUUUGUUUUGGAGCAUAUUUUGUUGCAGGUUCACAUAUGCUCUGAAAGACAACUUAUAGCAUCCAAAAAGAAAACGGAAGCCAAGUAAUUUGCAGCACAAAACAAUCAGCUUUGCAUAUUCCGCAACCCGAAGCCAUAUUCUGCUGACUUCUAGUCUCAAAACAAUAUGCCUUUAUGUUCCACAAUGGCAGCCUUAUGAGAUGCACGUGGAAUUGGCAGACAAGGGAGAAAAUAAAGUGAAGGCAGAAAUGUUUUGUUUUUAGACCAAGUACUCGAUGCUGCUCUUAGACUACCUGUAAACAUUCUCAUUUGACCUCUUUACCAUGUGCCAUGUUUUCUUUUCUUUUUAUAGCGGAAAUCAACAAAACUGAAUAAAACAGCUUGUUGCUCAUGAA